UGUGGGCAGGUAAACAUUUGUUCAUCAUUCCUGGAGUCUGUCCGGAAAGUCUGUGCAUCAGUUGAUGAUAUACAGAAAUCUGUGCAUCACUUCGUGAUACCUAAGCUCUGAACAUGGUUUACCUCAUGUAAACGGUAACUCAUGUCAAUCUUCGCCACGUUUAGACGAGUCCUGUAUAAGGGAGGAGUUGUGGCUCUGUGCGUGGUGCAGUACGGAUGCAUUGCUCACUGUGCCCUCGAGUAUGGCGCUGACUUUGUGCUGUGUUCAGGACCAUCCAUGGAACCAACCAUUACAACCAGUGACAUUGUUUUGACUGAACACAUAACGACAGCCCUUAAUAGGACCAAACGUGGAGAUGUUGUGAUAGCUAGGUCCCCAGUGGAUCCAAGGCAGCACAUCUGCAAGCGGGUUGUGGCGGUUCCAGGGGACAAAAUCAGCAAGGGCUUUUUCACUGAAUAUGUACCAAGGGGACACGUCUGGUUGGAAGGUGACAACCAUAAUAACUCGACCGAUUCCAGAAGUUAUGGCCCUGUUCCAGAGGCUCUCCUGCGAGGAAGAGUUAUAUGCAAGGUGUGGCCAUUGCGGGAUGCUGGAUGGCUAUCUGCACGACAGUAGACCCCGGCGCGAACGUGGUACGUGAUUCUGAGUGGCAGGUCCGCGUACAAACCCCGCCGGCAUUGGAAUCUCCGUGGUGACGAGCGUGUGCGAUAGCGCGCCCCGCGGCACGAUGAGAGCUGUCGUCGGAUAUCACCGCGGUGAUUCGAGAGAAGGCAAUAUAUAUAGCCAGCCGUGCCGUGAUGCGAGCGAAAGAAGUCGUGCUGUCCCGCAUGCUGUCCCGAAGAUAUGUGCACGAGUACUGCCUCGUUCUUACUCAUCCAUGUCGUGUCACGAGAAUGUUUGUUGGUGUCAGAGAGUUUGGCAUAGACUUCGCUUCUACUUCAGUGUUGUUGCCUUUCAGGGUGGGUAAACAUUAUUGUCAACCUAAGGGAUGCUUUUGUUUGCACAUUAGGAUAAACCCUGCUAGCAGAACAUGGGGUAGACCUGUUUGGAUAUGCUUGGUGUAUAUAUUGACGAUUUGGGCAGGAUAAUAACUUCAAUUAGACCCGUGUCUGUGUGAGUACCUUGGAGUUUGGUGCAGUAACGCUCUGAAGUAAUUUAUUCUAGAAAAGACGUGUGUAACGCGAAAUUCCGUAACGUGAAUCCAGUGUGCCCAUUGACUUCAAUGAUAUAAUUAGAGAUGCAUUCUGAGGCAGUUGAACAUGCAACUUUUUCAGUAGAAAUCCCCGGUCGUUUUUUGAAAAUUUUGUAAGAAGGAAUUUGUAUUUCAUAUCCUGAGUUUAGUGCACAAAAUUUACCAUUUAUUUUUUAUCAAGUAAGCAUUGUCCCAUAUUUUGUGGUAAUAAUAUACAAAUUAUACGUUGGCGUUAAAUUUUGGCAACCUAGGUGUAAUGUAUUGUUUCAUGAUAUUAAUAUUGUCCAUACUAGAUGGCGCUAGUUGUUAUCUCCGGAGGAUAGAGCGGCGGAAUAGCGAAGGACCGGAGAAAUGAUGACACUGAAUUGUCAGUUGUGUUUGUUAUACUUAUUAUUUCACAAUAAAUCUAUGUGAAUACAUCACACUAGGUUAUCGUGACACGGGAUGUUACAGUAUAUGGGCAGACCCUGGAUAAGAAUUUUGGGCAAAGUCUAUGGUGCACCUCGAGAUAGCCAAAUCAUCAAGCAUGCUUUAGUUUACCAAUCCAAAAACGGUUGGCAUCAACAUUUCAGAUAUUGCCGUUUGAACACAAGACGUGAAAUAUAGCUAUAAAUAUAGUGAAAUAUACCACACAGUGUUCAGGUGAAAUACAUCAUCCAUUCACGGCUCAGAAAUGUUGAGCUAAAGAUUGGGGCUUUGCCAAACUUGUGUUUCCAGUGGUAAAACUCAAUACUGUUUCAUGGUUGCUGUAACUAAGAGUCAAGUGCAACAGUGAAAGCGAGCAAAGAUUAUGUGUUUUAAGUUUUUAUUGACAGGAUGUGAAACGAAUGGUACAACUCGGGUAACUUCUAAAACAAGUGAACGUUUGAGCAAACCUUUGAUAUGAAACGCACACUUUUACGAACUUUUAGAAUAAAUAAUUGUUAUAAUAUAUUA